GCAACAGCAACUGAGAGCGCUUCGGUGGAUGAGGCAGAGCAGCGGGCCGCAAAGGAGGCGGCGGUCAGAGCGGGGGCUCAGGUGCUGGUGGGGGCGCCAGUGGCGCUGAAUCCGGGGUUCAAGACGCUGCAAUUGUUGGUGCAAGCAGAGCGGAAGCCUGGUGUGGUGGGGCAGCAGCCUGAUUUGCUUCGGUGGCUGGAAGCGAUUGGAUACACAAUUGCUGGCGAGACGCCAGAAGUGACACGCCGCACGCUGUGACAGGCGUGUGAGGAUUACCGAUGGUGGAGUUUUAUUCUAUGGGCACAUAGAGGCAGGGUUUUGAAGCCCGGUGAUAAUUGUAAGGGAAUGACAAGCUCCUUGCACGCGGGUAAGGAGUGCGAUUACCUCUUGCGAGUCCGGCUUGGCACUACGGCAACAACGUCAGUUGCUGCAAGUACGGAGGCGAAGCAACGUUAUCAGUUCCUGGUUGUAAGUUUGAUUACUAGCAAUAAUCUAACGCGGAAGGUAUGCUCGGACCUAGUGCUCACGAAUGAAGGGACUUACAGAGAGAUGGGCAAGCUGGUGCCCAAGAAGCGCGCGCCGCCGUUGGCAGUUCCCAGCUUUGAAGCAGACAUUCAUAAACUAAUUGACACAUUUGUCCUGAAGGUCCAAGAAGGGGCCACAGUACGAUUGCAAACAUUUAAGGAAUUAUGGAGAAGCUCUUCAUUUUCUUUUGUGCACCAGGCUGUUCCCCUAAAUAUUCCAGCAUGGGAUCACUUGCAGCUAUUGUACUCCGUGGCGCUGAAUCGCCUGGCGGACCCGAGCCCCUACCUAGAUUACAAGCCAGAACCUGGGGAGCCCGUGUUUGACGAAAACGGGCAACCUGUCUCAGGCCCCAAGCCAAAGCUACCAGGCCGGACACGGGCGACGGCUGCUUCGCAGCCGGGGGAAUCGACCACCACCACAAUCGAUGCUAACGGUACAAAUGCUGCCGCGUCAGGUAACGGUAAUCCCGGCGGCACGGGCGGCCCGGCAGUGGACCUGGACCUGCCCGAUUACGAAUUGCUUGCGCAGCUGGACGAGAUGUUCGCCGGAGUGCUGGACCAGCACCCGCACCUAUACCAGGAGGAGCCACAGCCUCAACCGCACCCACAUCCGCAGCUCCUAGACGCGCACGGGCACCUCGCCCCGCACCCGCAUGCGCCCGCCGCUGCCCCGGUGCUCCCUCACCCAGCCUGGCAGGGAACAGGCAGCGAAGCGCACGGCCAGCUUUUCGCUCCACCGCUACCGCAGCAGCAGGGGCAGCUCCACCUCACGGCCCUGCAGCCGGAGCUCCUGUUGCAUGGCCCCGCUGCGGCCCCGGGGGACCCGCACCAGCGCCAGCUCCUGCCUUGCCCACCGCCUCCUCCUCCUCCGCAGCAGCAAGAGGACCUCCAGCCAUGGCAGAUGGGGCUUGAGCCAGACCACCAUCACCGCCAACAGCAGCAACAUCAAGGGGCAGAUCAGGCACCGCCACCUCAGCCGCCGCCCACUGCGCAGCUGCUGCCCCCCCUGCUGGCGGGGCUGGUGGGACAAGCGGCAGGGGGCGACAUGCAGGGGCCUGGGCUAGGACCGGGUGCAGGGCUGGGGCUGGGUACAGCGGAGGAGGAUGACUAUGACGUGGCGCCCGCCGGUGCGGUGGAGGAGGGGCUGACGGCG